CAACCUCUGCGGCGGCGGCGCGCGGCUCGGGGACGCCAGGCUGGGGCAGCUCGGGCCUGGUCCAGGCCUCCUCUCUGCUCCCGCCACCGCGGAGCCCGCGGCCCGGGUCCACCCGCAGCCGGGGCUCCGGCUAGCUGCCUUCCCUGGGCACCCUGCCCUGGAGUCAUGGGGCCCACCUAGCCCCCGCCUGCCCGGAUGUCCCAGCCCGGGGACUGCUGACCGCGGCUGCAGGGGGAGCCCCCCCAAAGCCCCCUCGCCAGCCUCAGCGGCCGGAGACCCUGGGUGAGCCCCUGGGCCAGACGGCCGGCCCAGGGCAGCCUCCCACGCCCCCCUGCCCCUGCCUCCCUCCACCUCCCCCACCCCUUCCUCCUCCUCCUAGGACUGGACCAGAGAAGCCACUGUGGCCACUAGGAGGGGCCCUGCCCCCUCAGCUCCCACUGGUCGCCCCCAGGAGUCCUCAGGGUGGCCGGGGUCCCCACCAGGCCUGGCGGGACCAGGAUGCUGCCCCUGCUCCUCCCCCCCGGCCCCACCCAACGCCCCCUCCCACCCUAACGCCCAGCCUGACAGGAGACAGCCGGAUGCCGGCUGACCCUGGGCCCGAGGCGGGCAGUGGCUGGCCGGGCCUCCUCAUGUCCUGCCUGAAGGGCCCCCAUGUCAUCCUCAAGAUGGAGGCCAUGAAGAUUGUCCACCCUGAGAAGUUCCCCGAGCUGCAGGCGGCCGCCCCCUGCUUCCCACCUGCCCCCCGGCCCACCCCAGCUCUGGCACCCAAGCGCGCCUGGCCCUCAGACACAGAGAUCAUCGUCAACCAGGCAUGUGGAGGGGACAUGCCUGCCUUGGAAGGGGCGCCCCGCACCCCGCCCCUGCCGCGGCGUCCCCGCAAAAGCAGCGCAGAGCUGGGCUUCCCCCGUGGGGCGCCCGUGGACGAGGUCAUCGUGAAUCAGUACGUGAUGCGGCCCGGUCCCGCCGCCGCGGGGGCCCCCGGCGUGGCCUCGCCCGCCGCGGGCGAGCCCCUGGAGUGCCCCACCUGCGGGCACACGUACAACGCCACCCAGCGGCGGCCCCGCGUGCUGUCCUGCCUGCACUCGGUGUGUGAGCAGUGCCUGCAGAUCCUCUACGAGUCCUGCCCCAAGUACAAGUUCAUCUCCUGCCCCACCUGCCGCCGCGAGACUGUGCUCUUCACCGACUACGGCCUGGCCGCGCUGGCCGUCAACACGUCCAUCUUGAGCCGCCUGCCGCCGGAGGCGCUGACCGCCCCGUCCGGCGGUCAGUGGGGCGGCGAGCCCGAGGGCAGCUGCUACCAGACCUUCCGGCAGUACUGCGGGGCCGCGUGCACCUGCCACGUGCGGAACCCGCUGUCCGCCUGCUCCAUCAUGUAG